UGGCAGGACGUCAGCGCCCCUUUCCAUCCCACCAUUGGCGCGUCCAGAGUCCAAUCGUAGGAGUGGCAGCGUUGAUUGUAAUUAUUAUUUGGGUUUGAUUGAGACCUCGUCGCGGAGCCUGCAUACAACCCCUUCUGCCAGUGCCAGCUCAGUCGCCGACAGCCCAGGACAGCACAGCACCCGCGUGCUUCUUUAGGGCCCUCCUUCGGGUCCCUUACACCGCCUCCACCCGCCCACCUGGCCCUGCCUGGGUUACUGGCUUGGCCUGACGACGACCGCAAUUUGAUUGAUAUCCAUUGAACCAGCGCCGCUCGCCUGCUGGCCCCAAGAACCGAAAGUGCUGUCCGCCCAAGCCCAACCUCGACAACCCUCGCCCGCUUGAACCUUCCCACACAUCUGCCCGUCGACAAUGCGGUAGUUGCAGGGCGCAUCGAGUCUGCUUUUGUUCCCUUUGUGCCUACCUCGUUACCCCUGACCCAGCUCCCGUACUUGGGUUGCCGCUUCUUGCAGCAGCGAGACAGACACCAUGAGUUCCAUGAGUAAAGCCGCCGGUUAUAUCCAACAACUGCACGAUGCUCGCUGCGAGGGCAACUGGGGCGUGGUCCCGGAGCUGGUCCGCAAAGUGCGGAAGCAUGCCCCAGACAAGACUUGCCUGACCCUGACUGCCGAGACCGAAUGCGCCGUCGAGAAGAGUUCGGACAAGACGUUGCCCGCCGACCACCCUUCCGCCGCCGCCAACGCCGUCGGAGACACCGAUGUCAACAGCCAUCUGCCCAAGCUUGUGGCCGUCAUCGACGAAGAGACGGGAAGCUCCGAGGAUCAGUUCCAGGCCCGGGUGUGCGCCGGCUGGUUGCAUUGGGUCGCCGGCGAUUACAACCAAGCCCUGGCCCGCCUGCCCGAGGGCCUCGAGGCCGAUCCAAACCCUGCCGAGGCCGAGGCCCAGGCUAGCGAGUGGACGCGCGUGUGUGCUCUAAAAUCGGCCUAUCUGAGGGCGAACUGCCUGGCCCGCAAUGGGAACCGUCUCGAUGCCCUGCGCGUCUUCAGGGGCGGCAUCCCCUCGCUCUCCACCGACUGGUCCAGCCAGCGCUCCCGCAAGCAGAUGCGGUACUGGUCAGAGCUGUUCCUGACCGAGUUCUGCAUGCUGUUUAGCCAUACCCUCGAGAGGGGCGAGAGCACUCUGGACGACCCCAACUCACUGGCCAGCUUCCGAUCCUGGGCGAGGUACUGGGAGGUGACCAAGGGCAUCCCGAUCGCGGGCGGCUUUGGCUUCCGCGGCUCCGUGCCCCGACGCGAGAUAUGGUGCCAAUACUAUACCGCCCUGUCAGCGAUCGUUGAGGCGGACCUCCUGUUCCCCACGGGCCACGUUGCGCCGACUUCAAACGAGCCGUCCGCACGGAGCCAGCUCAGGGCUGAGCUCAAGAGGGUCGAGACGACGUACGAGGCCCUGCUCCUCAACGAGACGGAGUUCCCCAGAGCCGACGAGGAGAGGGAGGAGAUCGAAGAGUUUGCAAGGUUGGCUGUGCAGAACUGGGCCAUCUUGUGCGGACGUGGCUGGCGGGAGCAUGACCUGGGCCCUGGUGGAAGAGAGGCGCUCAGUCGCGGGCUGCUGGACAUUCUCUACCGGGCAUCCAUGAAGACGUACCACUCGACGGCAAUACUGCGCGGCCUUUUCACGGUCCACGUCGCCGUCGCAGAGUUCGACCUUGCCUUCAAGGCCUUCGACUCAUAUCUGGAACUGGUCAAGAAAGGGAAAGCACGGGUGCAGAAGUCCGGACACGUCGAGCCUAGCCUUGACGACGAGUCGACGGCACUCGAAACAAUUUCCGCCUGCAUCGCCACCCUUUGUCGGUACGGCCACAGACGGGCUGCUGAGAAGGCCAAGGAUCUGGCCGCAGAGUUGGAAGAAAUUGUAAGCAAGGCGCCAACCCCCACCCCACGCGACUCGGCGAGUCCUCUCCGCGAGGAUGAGAGCGCCGUGGGUGCCGUCGGGGAGAAGGUGCCGCCAAGGAUCAUCGCCCUCGCCUGGCAGGCUGUCGGCCUGGCCAACGCGCAGUGGGCCCGGAUGACGUACGAUUCCUCGACCAGGGGUGACAUACAGAGCAAGGCUAUUGCCGCCUUGAAGAAGUCGCUGUCUCCGGACCUUGCUCGAUCGAGUGAUGUCAGGAGCGUGUUUGCGCUCAGCGUCCUGCUUGCUGAGAAGAGGGAACUGUCGCCGGCGAUCGAGCUGGCCAAGACGGCGCUGCUCCUCGGCAAGUCCUCGAGCACGGAACACGACCUGCAGAACGGACCUCACUGGAGAGAAAGAGCCCUGAUUCCUAUAUGGCACCUGCUCUCGCUACUGCUGAGUGCUCGUCAGGAUUUUGUUCUAGCCGCCCGUGCCUGCGAGGGUGCAUUUGAGCAGUUUCAGGAUCCCGCAGUGCUCUUUGGUAGCCACAACGUGUUCCGCAGCGAUCAUCUUAACGAGGCCGAGGCAGGGCAGGACGGCGGGUCCGAGUUCGGGAGGGGGCUCGUGGAUGACAUGGACGACUUUGAGAAGGAGAGCGUGCUGGAGGUCAAGAUGACCCAGCUGGCGCUUGUGGAGCUCCUCGAGGGCCCCAAGGUUGCGGUCAACGCCAGCCUGGAGCUGUUGAGCCUCUUCAACAGGCUGUUUGGCAGUGCAGAGCCGAAACCGGCCCAGGACACGCUGAAGGUGCAGGAGAUCCCCAAGAGCUCGUCUGGGACUAUCCGUAGUCUCAGAGGCAGCAUAUUUGGCAGGGGCGAGAGGGCUGGGCGGCCGGGCACGCGUCAGGCGUCAGCGCCAGCGAGCGAAGGGCGGCCCGACAAAUCGUCACGGCCCCAGACGAUGCAGACUGUGGCCAGCCUGGGAGCGCCAACCAUCCAGGUGACAGAGGAGAACGGGGCCAUGGCGGGCGGGCGAAAGAGGAGCCAGUCCGGCAAGCGGCACAACAGCCUUCGUAAGAGAGAGAACAGCGUCGCCAGCCGCAGGCGUGCUUCCAGCGUCGGACCCAUAGCGCCUCAGGCCACCGUCGUUGACGGCGAGAACUACUUCACCCCGAUCGAGGGCGGCUCGGGGAUAGACUUCUUUUCCGCGGCAAUGAAGCGUUCGCCCUCGAUCGGCGGUCCGCCCGUCUCCCUGACCCGGACCUUCUCCCAGACAGAGUCCUUCGCAUCAUCCCCCAGAGGAUCGCGGCUGUCGGGCGACGACUUCUCGGCUCUACCAAGGGGCUCGUUGGAGUACAGCUCAAAGCUGCUGCCCCUGGUUCAGUUCCCCAGGGCGCACGAGCAGCGACGGAGGGGCACCGUUCUGGUCAAGGUCUGGCUAAUGAUCGCAGGCUUCUACCGGCGCGCGACUCUCUACGAUGACGCCAAGGCCGCCAUCGCCGAGGCGCAGAGGCUGGUGCAGGCCCUCGAGGCUGAAGCCAACAAGAAUGGCGCCCCAACUUCAGCCAACGAUGUUGGCUGGGCAAACACCAAGAGCAUUGACGAGCUGUGGGCUGAUGUCUGGGCUGAGAUGGGUAGCCUCGACGUCGCACGGGACGUGCCUUAUUCGGCCCGCUCAGGCUUCGAGUCGGCGCUGACACACUUUCCCGACCACCCCGGCGCCAUCGUGGGUCUUUCAAACAUUCUUUUGGAUAUUUAUAGCGAGAAGCUCCCUCCGCCGCCGGUUGUGCCACCCCUACAACUCGUAGGCACGUCGGCGGCUGGGGCGGAGACGGUGACGCACUCUGCCGAGUCCGCCAUUUACCCCAAGCCGGCAGGUAAGCCUGCGCUCCCGUCAGCGGCCCUAGGGCUGAAUGAGGCUACGGCAACACGCAAAGCCAAUGGGCGGCCCGGGCGAGGCAAAGGGAACAGCGACUACGCCUCGUCUCCUGGCGGCGUGUCAGAAGUGUCGGCGGCGGCGGCGGCCGGAGAAGGAAACGAGCUUGUGCCGCCGUACAAAGCAACGUCGCUCCCGAUGGUGGACCGGCUGGCGGCGCGUGACCGGGCGUACGCGAUGCUGUCUGGGCUGACCAAGCUUGGGUCGGGUUGGAACAACUCGGAGGCGUGGUUCGCGCUCGCGCGGGCGCACGAGGAGAGCGGGCAGCUUGACAAGGCCAGGGAGGUGCUGUGGUGGUGUGUAGAGCUCGAGGAGGGCUUUGGCGUGCGGCGCUGGAGCUGCGUCGGCAACGGGGGUUACCUCCUCUGAUGUGCUUUGGGAUUUCUGCUUUCUGCCGGCGCCGCCUGUUGUCCGCUUGAGCUCUCCAUCUUCUUUGACCAAGUGUAUUCAUCUUCUGUUCUUUUUGUUGGAAGCCGGGGCGGUUAGAAUGGAUAUAUAUGCAUAUACAUCUAAUAAUACUGACACUUGGGGGAA